GCCACGCCGCGGCGGGGCGCCCGGGCCCGGGGCGGCGCCGCGUCGGCGACGCCGCGCUGCACCGCCCCAGCGGAGGCCCAGGUCCGGAGCCUCGACGGCGCGGAGGCCGCGCUGCACCAGAUGCGGAGGGAAGUGGAGCUGGUCCUCGAGGCCCUCGGCGCGGAGCGCGCCGCCGCCGCGCGUCGCAAGCGCCCGCGGCCCCAGGGCGGCGCGGCGGCGGCGAAGCUCCGCGAGGAGGUGUCGGCCGCGCUAGCGGACAUCAAGAGGUGCAUCGCGGAGGCGGCGGCCUGCAGGAAGACCGAGGGCGUCUGAGCUGGGCACUGCACGGGGCGGUCCAGAACUCAAACGAGAACAACAAUUAUCGGGGUUCAGCACCGCGGAGGCGGUGGCCUGCAGAAGGGCUGGGGGCGUCCGAGUUGGACAGUGCAUGGGGGACGGCCGCGGCUGCGGGGGCAGCGCGCGGCGGUCUUCGUCGGGGCGGCUGGAAAUUGCUCGUGCGCGAGGACGGGCAGCAGUGGCGGGAGGAGAAGCCCAG